AUGGAUUGUCAUUUUCUCUUAAACAAUGGAGAAGCCUUUUCCAGAAAUGGGUACCAAAGGAUUUCUAAAGAUCCAAACAGCAUUAAAGCUUUUGCAUAUGAGGAGUUGCUAAAGGCAACAGAGAACUUCAGCCCUACCUUCAAACUUGGAAACGGAGAAUUUGGAGGAAUCUACAGGGGUGUGAUUCCUAGUGCCAACAACAAACGAGAAAAGAUCUACAUUGUCGUCAAAGAGUUCAAGGGCUCAUGGAUGCAACUGGACGACGUUGAAAUGGCGAUGAACAUCGAUUUUCUAGGCUCUUUUCAUCACUCAAAUCUUGUCAAAUUGCUUGGCCACAGCAAAAAAAUCCAUGGAAGGCAAACCAAACGAUUCCUCGUGUACGAGUACGUGAUCAACCGCAGCGUGCAAGAUGCCCUAUUCGACAAAUCUCAGGCGCCACUUUCGUGGGCGUCAAGGCUUAAAAUUGCUAAGGACACAGCUCAUGGGUUGGUGUAUUUGCACGAGAAGGUCGAGCCACCCUUCAUUUUUAGGUGCUUCAAAUCAUCAAAGGUCCUCUUGGAUGAGCAAAUGAACACAAAGCUUAUGGAUUGGGGGCUGACAAGGUUGGGGCCAAUGUACAGGGGCACACAUGAGCCCAUGGCAUUUCAAGGGGAGGAUGACCAAUGGACUGUCCGCUAUUGUGAUGACAUUGUGGGGUGUGCAGCUCCAGAGUUCAUCCUGUCUGGAGCCAUGACAUGGCAAAGCAAUGUGUGGAGCUAUGGAGUUUUCCUCCUUGAGCUGAUCACUGGCAGGCCAGCGUUCGACGAGAAAAAAUUGAAAGCCGAUAAGAGAAGGCUUCUGAGCUCAAUUAGGCCACAGCAACUCUCGAAUGUCGACGAGGUUCAACGUGUUAUGGACCCAAGGCUAGAGGGAAGGUACUGCCUCAAGGCUGCCCAUAAGUUAGCAUCUUUAGCGACCGUGUGCUUGGAAGAAGACCCAAUGAUCCGACCACGGAUGAGCACUAUUUUGGAAGUAAUAGAUAAAAUUGUUGACACAAAUACAAUGUAG